AGCUUUGCGUUCCCUGUGCCCCGGAAGUGAUCCCCUGGUUGGCUCGGCUGCUCGGGUUAGAGCGUCGGGUGAGGGAGGGAUAGCAAGCGCUAAGCAAGUGGUGGAGUCCUGUGUUUUGGCUGCGCGUGAUCCUGCGUGGGUCGGAAGGUGUUUCUGUAGGUGUCUGGCCCUUUCCUCAGUCGUGCCGAGGACUGCGUGAUUUCUUCCCAGUUCUCCUCGGUUUUCAGGAAGAGCCUAAAGAUUAGACUGUAAGGAAAGAAAAUAGAAGCCAUGUUUCGAAGACCUGUGUUACAGGUACUUCGUCAGUUUGUAAGACAUGAGUCCGAAACAAGUACCAGUUUGGUUCUUGAAAGAUCCCUGAAUCGUGUGCAGUUACUUGGGCGAGUGGGUCAGGACCCUGUCUUGAGACAGGUGGAAGGAAAAAAUCCAGUCACAAUAUUUUCUCUAGCAACUAAUGAGAUGUGGCGAUCAGGGGACAGUGAAGUUUACCAAAUGGGUGAUGUCAGUCAAAAGACAACAUGGCACAGAAUAUCAGUAUUUCGGCCAGGCCUCAGAGACGUGGCAUAUCAGUAUGUGAAAAAGGGGUCUCGAAUUUAUUUGGAAGGGAAAAUAGACUAUGGUGAAUACAUGGAUAAAAAUAAUGUGAGGCGACAAGCAACAACUAUCAUAGCUGGGAAGACAAGAAAUAUCCCACCUCUUCUAACAAAAUCUGAAUUAUUAGAAAAGCAGCCAGUGCCUAACUUUUAGCUCCACUUAUGCCAACUAUAAUAUUAUAUUUCUGAGUGACCAGACGAAAGAGAAGGAGUAGAAAGGAUGAUUCUUCUUCGGCCAUCAUUGGGUACAGUCUCAUUUCCAAGUCAUGUAUAAUCUUUAUCGCUCCCAAGGACAAGAAUUAAAAUACCCUUUUACAUAAAA